GCUCGUCGGCCCGUGCCGCCCCGCGCGGCGCCCCGCGCGGCCUCGAGCCGCUCGGCGCGCGCCCGCUGGGCUGCGGCGGAGCGCCGCGCGAGCCGCUGGCGCUGUCGCAGGCUGGUGACGAGCUCUGCGCCGCCUGGGCCGAGGGCGGCGACGUGUGCACGCCGCGGUGGAGGCCCUUGUCAGCCCCCGGCGGCGGUUUCCUCGGCGCAGCCGCGCCGGCGCCCCUGCGAGAGGCCAUCCGGGGCGUCCCGCAGCAGACGGUGGAGGACGAGGCCUCGGCCGCCUCCGCGGCCGCGGCGAAGGCCUGCACUGGGCUCGGCCUCACGCGGGAGCGCCUGGCCGUGCUGGCGCAGGAAGUCGAGGCCGCGCUGCGGCGGCGCGCCGAGCUGGAGGCCGAGGCGCGCCGGCAGCGCUCGGAGGCCCGGCCGGCCAGCGCCGGCGCCGGCGGGCGCUGGAGCCGGCAGGCGCGGCGGAAGGCGCCUCUGCCCGGAAAGGCCGCCGGGUGCCGGCCGGCGCCUGGCGCGGGAGAGGGGCGCGGGGCCGCGGGCACCGCCGACGGCCUGCUGGCCGAUUUCCGGGCGGCGCGGCCCCAGCCGGCGCCCCACGCGGCGGUGUACCUGCCCCCGAGGAAGCCGCGCUGCAUCGCCGAGCUCGAACAGCGGGCGACGUCGCAGCGCUGCCCCGCCCCGGCGCGGCGCGGCUCCGGGCCGCCGCCGGCUCCUCGGAUUCCUUUGUCAAUCGGAGCUGGCUUGAUGUGA